AUGAGAUCUCACACAUGAAAAACCUCUGGAGAAUCAGAUUCUGAUAAGUCGUCUUCUGAUGAGAGUUCGUCAGAAGCAGAUAUAAGCCCUGUAGGUUAUAAGCCGAUACGACCGAAUUCGUUGACUCUAGAUUUAACUCAACAGAUGAUUGCGAGGAAGAAAAGAAGGUACUCAUUAGAUUCUAGCUCAGAAGAAGAAUCCCCGAAUCAUAAUAAGAAAGCUACUCAUCGCCAUACUCAUGGAAAUUUAGAGCAUUCUCAUACACGGCCAGAUAGUUCUCAGUUCGAGCUACCAAAAUCAAAGAUUUCGCAAGCAAGGCCAAACGAAAAUUCGAAACACAAGCUGAUAAUUGACAAAGAGCGGCUAUCUGGUAUUAAUUCGAGCAGAGCAGUGUCUUGUUAUCGAUGCACUGUGAUUUAA